AUGUCGCGCGCGGGGCUCUGGUUAAAGACCAUUGCCGGUGGAAUUCUGAUUUCCAUCGGCGGCCCAGCAUUCGUCGAGUACAUCCGGCCAACCGACGAGGAACUGCGCAAGCGGUAUAACCCGGACCUGCAGAAGCGCGCUGCCGAGCAGGGGAGUCGCAAGGAGCAGGAGUUUGAUGACUACGUGAAUAAGUUGAAGGAGUGGUCCAAGUCGGAUAAGUCGAUUUGGUACGCCGCCCAGGAAGAACAAGAUCGCAAACGCGCCGUCGAGGAUGCCGCCCGCGUGCAGGCAAAGGAGCAGGCUCGGGUACAACGAGAGGAAAUGCGCAAGGAGAUGCUGGGCGAGAAAUGA